AUGCCACAGCCCACUGUUCUAGUUGCUGAUGAAUUUUCAAAUGACAAUUUAGAUGAACAAACACAAGAGCAACAAACAUUCACGCAAUCAUCAUCAACAUUUCAACCGACUCAGUCGCAACAUUUGUUUGAUGAAGAUUAUCAAGCGGAAAGUAAUUCAGUAUUGAACGAUUUGCUUUCAGUUUAUUCAAUAACUGAUCCAUCGGACUUCUCUGAUCAAAAAAUAACUACAAACACACCGACUACAAUUAAUAAUUCACCCGUUCAUCUCACCCCUUCAGCCAACAAUUCUACGACAGCAGUAACAACAAAUCAAACUAUUUCAUAUCCAUCUUUUCUGGUCGAUCAAAAACCACAGUUUUUCGAUGAUCUUAUUAUUAUUGAUCAAAAUAAAGAUGUAACUACUCCUCAGCCCUCGUCAUCAACAGAAUAUCAUCCUAAUACCAAUGAAAAAUUAUCGGAAUUAUUAGAAAAACUAUUUAGUUUACCUACUGCAACCCAGGAAAAACUUCUAACGUUAUUUCUUUCUAUUACAAAUGGUUUAACGUCAUCUGCACCACUAAAUCUACAGAAAAUUAUUCAGAAAUUGUUAAUUCUUUCUCCGGCGUCACCUUCUUAUUCAAAACGUGCAAAUUCGCACACAACAACAGCAACACUUUCGUCCUCUAAUCAAAGUACUAUGGUUUCAAAAUCAUUUAAAGAUAUUAGAAAACUUUAUGGAAAUACAGCUACAACAACUUUAGCGACACAACAAACUCACAAACGACCAUUGACAUUGAAUGACCUUAAACGAGUAAAAACUGAUGACGGCGAUAUCUUGGAUGAAAAUUUCGAAUCGACUGUUAAACGACGAAAAUCAUCACCAAGUGAUAGAGUCAAUAAAUUACUAACAAGAAUUGAGAAUGUGGUAACCACGGCAGAAAAAAUAAUUCCAGAAUUUGAUUUAACUGAAGAUUGA